AGCGCAGCUGUCAGUUUCUAAGUCGAGUUGUGUGUUUAGCGAGCCGGCUAGCUAGUUAGCUACAAUAACAACAGGAGAUAUGGCUGGACUUCAACCCCAGGGGGAUCUCCUGAAAAUGACUCACAGGGAGAACUGGAAAGUACAGCAUGAGCGCCUGCACGUGAAGCACCGGGGCCAUGAGGCCAUGCAUGCAGAGAUGGUGCUCAUCCUCAUCGCUACGCUAGUGGUGGCUCAGAUCGUACUGGUACAGUGGAAGCAGCGGCACCACCGCUCAUACAAUUUGGUUACCCUGCUCCAGAUGUGGGUGGUUCCUCUCUAUUUCACUAUAAAACUCUACUGGUGGAGGUUUCUCUCCAUGUGGGGAAUGUUCUCUGUCAUCACCAGCUAUGUCGUCUUCAGAGCUACACGCAAACCACUGUCCUGUCGGACACCACGGAUGGUGUAUAAAUGGUUUCUAUUGAUCUAUAAGCUGAGCUAUGCGGUGGGAGUGAUUGGAUACCUGGUCAUCAUGUUCACAAUGUUCGGCUUCAAUGUCUUCUUCAGGAUCAAGGCUGAGGACUCCAUGGAUGUGGGCGUUAUCAUGCUGUUCUAUGGUCUGUACUAUGGAGUGAUGGGACGGGACUUUGCUGAAAUCUGCUCCGACUACAUGGCCUCAACUAUAGGGUACUAUAACAUGGGAGGAAUGCCGUCCAGGAGCUUGACAGAUGAUAUCUGUGCGGUGUGUGGUCAGAAGAUCCUCGUAGACGUGGAUGAGGAGGGGAUUAUAGAAGAUACCUACCAACUCUCCUGUAACCACAUAUUCCACGAGUUCUGUAUCCGUGGCUGGUGCAUUGUGGGUAAGAAGCAGACGUGUCCGUACUGCAACGAGAAGGUUGACUUGAAGAGGAUGAUGAACAAUCCGUAUCCUUUCAUUGGCAGAGGCGACGAGAGCCACAGAACACCGGGAUUGGCUGAAUCUGAGAGCAUAUCUUACACACACACUUAUUCUUAUCGGUCUUUGAAAUUGUUGCAUGUUGUGUUUUUAAUAUUUUUUGUUCGGUAUAAUUGUAAAAAAAAAAAAAUGCUGUAAAACAUGUAUAAAACUAUAAUUUUGAUCUGAUGGAUGGUCAGUGGUUGUUUAUAAUAAUUGUAAAUUAUAGUUUUAACCAUGUUUUGAGGCUAUUCAGUGUUUCUUUACAAUCAUACAUUGUUUACAAACAAUGGAGUACAGCAGGCGUGCGCCCGCCCGCCAUCGCG